AUGAAGAUGAAAGAACUUCACGAUACAUAUGGAGAUGUGGUUAGAGUCGGACCAAACGCACUGGUGUAUCGGAGCCCACAAGCUUGGAAGGAUAUAUACAACCACCGAAAGCCAGGAGCGGGGUCUUUCAUCAAGGAUCCCUUGUUCUACGUGCGAGGUCCUACCGGACCUAAUAUUCUCAAUGCCGACGAUGCAGACCACUCACGAGGGAGAAGAUUGAUGUCGCAUGCAUUUUCCGAAAAGGCACUCCGCGACCAAGAGUCUUUGAUUCAGUCUUAUGUGGAUCUGCUCGUCGAUCGUUUAGAUGGACAGGUCACUGCGGCAAAUGACGCGAUCGACAUGUGCUGCUGGUACAACUUUACCACGUUUGAUAUUGUCGGUGACCUUGCGUUCGGAGAACCAUUCGACUGCCUACAAAAGAGCGAAUAUCACCCAUGGGUGAAGAUGGUUUUCACGAGUGUGAAAAGUAGUGUGUUGCUGCGCCCUCUCCGAGUUUACCCCUCCCUCGGACCGAUUGUGCGACUGUUUCUUCCCAGGAAUAUCAUGAAGAUGAGAAACGAGCAUUUUGAGAUGAGUACAGAGAAGGUUCGUCGUCGACUGGAUACCAAGACCGAGAGACCCGACUUCAUGACUUAUAUUCUCCGACAUAAUGAUGAUCGUGCCAUGACGAAAAGAGAAAUGGAAUCAAAUGCGGCUCUGUUGAUCCUGGCUGGGAGUGAGACGACCGCUAGUUUGCUCUCGGGGUUCACCUUCUACCUUGUCCAAACCCCGGCGGCAUACAAGAGACUCGUCGAGGAGAUUCGAGACACUUUCAAAUCAUAUGACGAGAUUGAUUUUUCAAGUGUCAGUCAGUUGACCUAUAUGAACGCUGCUUUGGAAGAGGCUCUGCGGGUCUAUCCGCCUGUUCCAGCGGUUCUCCCACGCCUUGUGCCAAAGGGAGGCUCAAUUAUUGAUGGAAACUUCGUUCCAGAGGGGGUUUCCGUUGCCGGGGCACAAUAUUCGACUUAUCAUGCCAAGUCUCAUUUUGCCGAGCCGGAUUCAUUCAUCCCAGAGCGAUGGCUGGAGGACCGAGAGGAACGCUUCGAGUCGGAUAUCAGAUCCUGUCUUUACGCAUUCUCACUCGGGCCUCGAAACUGUAUUGGAAGAAAUCUGGCCUAUGCUGAAAUGCGGCUUAUUGUGGCAAAGGUUUUCUGGAACUUUGAUAUGAAGCUUGACGAAUGCUCCAAAGAUUGGAAUAUUCAGAAUUCGUACAACAUCUGGGAGAAGAAGCCGCUGAUGAUGCAUUUGACGAAAGUACAGCACUAG